AUGACAUUCAUGGAUCAACGCGCCACAUGGCGUGUAGCUACAAACCUCGAAAAGAAAAGCCUGCUGAUUGCUGUCAACUCCCUCGCCGGUCUUGCCAUCCUUUUCUUCGGGUACGAUCAGGGAAUGAUGGGUGGCGUAAAUACAUCAUACGACUACGUGCACACCAUGAAAUUCGGAUACGUUGACUCAACCGCAACCGUAGUGGUGACCGAUACUCUUCUUCAAGGUGGCAUCGUCUCUGUGUACUAUCUAGGUACCUUGGUAGGGUGUCUUAUGGGAGGUUCCCUCGGCGAUCGAGCUGGGAGAAUCAAAACCAUUGGCAUUGCUGCAGUAUGGGGGAUUAUAGGUGCAUCGCUACAGUGCUCUGCCCAAAACGCUACCUGGAUGAUUUGCGCUCGCUUGGUUAACGGAAUUGGCACGGGUAUUCUCAACGCAAUUGUUCCUGUGUGGGCAUCGGAAAUUUCCGAAUACCAAACUCGCGGUGCUUUCAUCACGAUGGAGUUCACGCUGAACAUUUUUGGUGUCGUCAUAGCCUACUGGCUCGAAUUUGGACUAAGUUUCAUCAAUGGCGGAAGAUCACAAUUUCAAUGGCGAUUCCCUAUUGCUUUUCAAAUUCCUAUGCUUAUAGUUCUUCUGGUUACCUGUUGGGCAUUUCCCGAGUCGCCGAGGUGGCUGUGCAAAGUAGACCGGCAUGAUGAAGCCUUGCACAUCCUCCGUCGCCUCCGCGGAACCACAGGCGAAGACGCAGGUAAAGCGGAAGCUGAGUUAGCUGAUAUUCGGGCUGUUGUUGAAUUGGAACGCCAAAAUGCCGAUCACACUUCGUACUUCCACAUGCUGUUCGGGAUUGGGUUCGGCAAGCUGCAUAUUGGCAGACGAGUGCAGUUAGUUAUGUGGCUGCAGAUUCUUCAGGACUGGACUGGGAUUGCAGGGAUUACAAUGUUUGCUCCUACAAUCUUCAGUAUUGCGGGUUUCGACUCGCAAAAGGCGCAGUGGAUUGCAGGGCUCAACAACAUAUUCUACAGCUUUGCAACGCUGAUCUGCGUUUUCACGCUUGACAGGAUAGGCCGUCGAUGGACGCUUUGGUGGGGAGCAGCCGGUCAGGCCAUUGCCAUGUUCCUUGCUGGUGGCCUUUCUCGUGGUGGACUAAAUGCCACUGCAGCGGGAGAUACAGAAUCAGCCAAAGCCUGGGGUGCAGCGGCGGCCGCAAUGGUGUAUCUGUAUACAUUCAUAUUUGGCGCGACCUGGCUUACAGUUCCUUGGUUGUAUCCUGCCGAGAUCUUCCCUCUGCAAGUGAGAGCAAAAGGUAAUGCGUGGGGCGUUGUCGGAUGGAGUGUUGGAAACGGAUCUCUGACGCUGGCGCUUCCCUAUAUCGUGCAAGCGAUCAAUGAAAAAACACUCUAUGUUUUUGCUACAUGUAACAUUCUCAGCAUUCCCAUCGUAUGGGCAUUUUACCCCGAGUCAAACCAGAGAACGCUGGAAGAGAUGGACUUGCUUUUCGCCGAGGACAGUCCCUGGGUUUGGGAUGCUGAAACUAACUUUGCUCGCCUCAGAGAGGAAAACCCGGAACUUCUCAUGGUUGGCAGAAGCGGAUUUCAGAGUCAAAUGGAAAAUGCGCUUCGAGAAAAGAACAAUGCGUCUCAGAUUGAGAGGGUAUAA